GUUGGUUCGUGCGUGGUGGACCGGUUGGUGCGUGCGUGGUGGACCGGUUGGUGCGUGCGUGUGGGCCGGUUGGUUCGUGCGUGUGGGCCGUUUGGAGCAUGCGUAGUGGGUUAGUUGGUGCGUGCGUGGACUGACAUUAGACAGCUGGACGGAUGCGGCCUAUUGAAGGUGACGGGGUUGAAUCAUGGCAGACACCAGUUCAUCACCAUUGAAGCACUUUGUACAGGCUAAAAAGAAGAUUAACUCAAUUUUUGAUCAACUGUUGGAGUAUGUUAAUGAAGGAGCAAGCUUUAUUAAAGAAUCUCAUCAAAAUGAAGGAUUGGAGAAGAUAACGACGCAGCAGCAGUUAGGAGAAAUAGAAAUGUUUGCAACUAAAGUGGCUGGAAUUGGUGAGGUGCUGGCACGUAGGCACAUGAAAGUGGCCUUUUUUGGAAGAACAAGUAAUGGGAAGAGUACAGUGAUCAACGCUAUGCUAUGGGACAAGGUACUGCCCAGUGGCAUUGGACACACAACCAACUGCUUCCUUAGUGUUGAAGGAACAGAUGGGGAGAAGGCCUAUUUGAUGACCGAGGACUCUGAGGAAAAGAAGAAUGUUAAAACUGUGAACCAACUGGCACAUGCCCUGCAUCAGAAUGAAUAUUUAGAUGCUGGUUGUCUAGUCCGUGUUUUUUGGCCAAAAUCGAAGUGUGCUCUUCUUCGAGAUGACUUGGUGUUGAUGGACAGCCCUGGUACUGAUGUCACCACAGAGUUGGAUAGCUGGAUUGACAAGUUUUGUCUGGAUGCUGAUGUCUUUGUGCUAGUAGCAAAUUCAGAAUCGACACUUAUGCAGACUGAGAAACAAUUUUUUCAUAAAGUUAAUGAGCGACUUUCCAAGCCUAAUAUUUUUAUCUUGAAUAAUCGUUGGGAUGCUUCUGCUUCUGAGCCAGAAUAUAUGGAUGAAGUACGUCAGCAACAUACUGACCGCUGUGUUAGUUUCCUUGUUGAUGAACUUGGAGUAGUGGAUCAUGCACAGGCUGAGAAUCGCAUAUUUUUUGUUUCUGCUAAGGAAGCUGUUAAUGCCAGAAUUCACAAAGCGCAGGGAAUGCCAGAAGGAGGUGGUGCACUAGCAGAUGGAUUCCAAGCUAGGCUUUUUGAAUUUCAGAACUUUGAGCAUCAAUUUGAGGAGUGUAUCUCGCAGUCAGCAGUGAAAACAAAAUUUGAACAACACACUAUCAGAGCUAAACAGAUCAUAGACACUGUGAAAAAAAUCAUGGAAUCCAUCAAUGUGGUUGCAGCAGAAAAAAGAGUUCUUUCCUUGGAGGAACGGGAAGACCACCUUGAUCGAUUGGAGUUUGUGCGCAGUCAGUUAACUUUGCUAACUGAGGACUGUAAGAAAAGCAUAAAACUCGUAACCGAAGAAGUAGAAGCCAAGGUUUCUGCUGCAAUGACUGAUGAAAUCUGCCGCCUUUCUAUAUUGGUUGAUGAAUUUCAUGGAGAUUUCCAUCCUUCCCCUGCAGUUUUAAAGUUUUAUAAAAAUGAUCUGCACAAACACAUUGAAGAAGGACUAGGGAGGAACUUGGCUGAACGCUGUUCCAGUGCAGUCCAUGCUGCCUUGCAGACAGCACAGCUCCAAAUGAUAGGGAAUCUCAAGCCUUUGCUUCCACUAAAUGUUCAGAAUCAAGUCAAUGCACUGCUCCCAUACCAUAAAUUUGACCUCAGCUAUGACCUGAAUUGUGACAAAAUAUGUGCAGAUUUCCAAGAAAAUGUUGAAUUCCAUUUUUCCCUUGGUUGGACUUCACUGGUCAAUCGUUUCCUAGGACCCAAGGCCGCCCGUAGAGCUCUACUGGGACUUAGUGACCCAACUUUUCAGAUCCCUCGGCCUUUAUCUACAACACCACCAGUGACAAAUGCACCUGCACUUGCUCAAGAAAACAUGGCACAGGAAGAACUCAUGCUCUCUCUAGUCACUGGAUUAGCUUCUCUGACAUCUAGAACUUCAGUGGGCGUUGUUAUUAUUGGAGGAGUGAUUUUCAGAGCUGUGGGUUGGAGGCUUAUAGCUAUUGCUCUAAGUCUGUACAGUAUAUUGUACAUGUAUGAGCGUUUAACGUGGACAACAAAAGCAAAGGAGAGAGCUUUCAAGCGUCAGUUUGUGGACUAUGCUACAGAGAAAUUACAGAUGGUUGUUAGUUUUACAAGUGCAAAUUGUAGCCAUCAAGUAAAUCAGGAACUGUCCAGUACCUUUGCUCGACUAUGCCAGCAGGUAGAUGUUACUGAGAAAAACUUAGAAGAAGCAAUAUCCAGCCUUAACAAAAAGAUUGAACUUUUAGAAUCUACGCAAAACCGAUCAAAGCUGCUGAGAAACAAAGCAACGUGGCUGGAAAAUGAACUGGACAUAUUUACAAAGCAGUACCUGCAGCCAACCAGUGAAAAUUUGCUAAACUUAAAAUCUAAAUGAGUCAAAUAACGUCACUGAUGGGGAUUGUCACCAAUGUUGCCACAGUGCUGUGUAGAAAAUACAAACUUCCAGUCCCUCUAUGCACAGUAAUGUUUUUCCAGGAUCCUUUUUUCAAUCCUCCAGAAAUCUUACCAGAUAUAGAUUAGGACGCACACUAUUCAUUUAAAUUCAUCUACUUUAAAAUAAGGUAUUGAUGACUGGGAUUAUCCAUGUCUUGAUAGAUGUGUUGAAUAUGGUGAGAAAAUUUAAACAUUCAGCACCAUGAUUUAGCAGAGGAUGUAAAUGCCAUUGUGAUAAAUACCAGGGAGUGUAAUUGAUAAGCAUUGUUUGACAUCAGAUUGUGAAUCUGACAAUUGUUUCAGUUGAAAAUUAAUUUCUUAACAUGGGUCAUUUAAAAAAACAGGUAAUUAACUAUUUGCUGUGUACCUAGGAAGGGAAUAAAAUAAAUAUUGUUACUUAACACAGUAUCGUAUGAUAAAAUGUACAUUUCAUGUUCAUUAUCUAAACUUAUGGUUAACAUGUUGGUAAGCUGUAGAGGCAUCUACCAUUGCGGAUAUACAACCUAAUCAAAUCACAAGAACCUUUUAGUCACAAAGAUUCUGACCUAUGUGAACUCUUAAAUUCUCACUUAUGCAAAUUUACAUGUAAUUGUUUUAUCAUGAUUUUGCAAGCUUUCCCUUCUGCCAAAAUUAGCACUAGUCUUUAGAUAACUGGGUUAAUAUAAAAAUUUUUGAUACAUGCAAAAAGAUGUUGCUGAAAAGUGUUAGCAAAGCUUUAUAUUUGUAGUUAUGACAACUGCAAGAAUGCCAAAUUUCAAAUAGACGCAACAAUUAUCCUGCCGGAGAAAAGAUUGCUUAUUGGUUGGCAAGUUGACUCUGAUUAAGGGUGGCAAACCCAUGAAAGAGCAAUGGGCUUCCCAAGCUCCUGUAAAAUUCUAAAACUGUAUAGGCUUAUACAUCUUUUGGUUGCAUUGAGUGAGUUCCUGCACAUGAAUGGGUUUUACUGCUAUCAAAUGCAAUUGAGCCACAUUGCAAGCUAAACUGUUUAUUUUAAAUUGGUUAUUACUGUAGCUGCUAAUACAUUCUGGUUUGUUCAGCAAGUGCUGCCCAAUCACAGGAUGAGAUUUAAUAGACAGUUUGUUUUGGAAGCACAGGUAGGCAGUGCUCAAACAAUUAUGAACACAGAAGUAGCAUGCUGGCAGAGUACAGACCAUGGUCAACCAACCACACUUUCAAAAUCCAAAAUAUCGACUGGUGAACGGUCCAGAGUACAUUAACUGCUGCAGAAUCAAUUUUAAGUAAUCAUUCAAGCUCAUACGGUGGCUCAUUACCACUUUAUAGAAGUGAGAUGUAUUCUCUGCAAACAAAGACAUUUGAGUCUUGGACCUCCUAUGAAUUAAGUAGAUAUAUGUGACGUACUUGUCAGUUACCAUUUCUCUCCUGCACUAUAAAUUCUUGUGACGUUUGAAAAUUUGCAUUUUUUGAUCAGUACAAAAUAAAAAGUUUCAGGUUUCUCUUUUCUGCAAUAAAUAGAUGACCAGAGCUAAAGCAAGUACAGUUUGUAUGAAUGGGACUUCAUACAAUCAAUCUUGUACGUAAUGACAGGUUAUUAUUACAUAAGGCAAGGUCAUAAAGGAAGCAAAGCAAUAAGGAUUAAAGUAAAUCCUGUAUAGUUGGUUUUGACAGCAUGGAAACCAGAAUAUUAUUAUUUGAGGGAUUCCCAACACACUGCAAAUGCCUUUUCCUAAUAUUGUAAAUAUGUUAAUAUGAUUUGUAAGUGAGAUCAAAAGAAAAUUUAAUCAAGUACUAGAAACAGCUUUGAGUGCAUUUGCAAACUUUUUUCAUGAAGACCACACACAGACUCACAUAUCAUUCUCAUUAAGAACUCUUCAUUGAAACUUUUGAUGAUGUUCAGUUAAAGCUGGACAAGAACAUAAUAUUAGAUUCUAAAUUUCACAUGUAUAGCUUUGCCAACUCAGAUUACAAGUCAAAUUGCAACAUUGCCCAUAAAUUAACAUAAACAAUAUUUUUGAUGUGACAGUUUAAAUAAUUUAGAAAUGUCCUAUAGAAGUUCAAUUCUUUAGACUUGCUUAAUACAUCACAGUUGGCAUAAAUGUGAAUCAUGAAUGUUGGUUGCUUGUUGCAGAAUUGGCAUGGUAUCAGACCAGUUUACUGGACAGACUAAAGAAUAAAAUUUAAGACAGUAA